GGAGAAGCCUGAAAUGAAACCAAAGGCAGAGGUGAAGGAACCAGAAGCCAGAAAACCUGUGCAGGAGAAGGUCGUCGUAGCUGAGAAGAAGGAAGCUCCUACUCCUAAAGAAGCAGAGGAGGUGAAGAAGACAGUGCCUGCUGAUAAACCUGGUCUGCCUGGAAAAGUUGAGCCCAAAGUGAAGGCUCCGGCAGAGCCCACAGCCAAACCGAAGGAACCUGAACCAAAACCCAAACCAACUGCAACUCUUAAAGUAGAACCUGAAGCAAAGCCGGUGGAGCUGAAGAAGCCAGUAAAAGUCCAAGAAGAGGCUGCAAAAACCAAACCAGAACCAGAAAAACCAAAAGCAGAAGUCCAGAAGCCUGAGCCAGAACCUUCUAUUCCAAAGCCAGCAGUGAAAAAACCUACUCCAGAAGUGAAAGAACCAGAACUGGAGGUGUCAAAACCAGAAUCACGUCCUACGCCAAAGGAGCCUCAGAAAAAAGUACCUGAAGUUGCACCAAAAAAAGCACCAGAGGUAGAGAAGAAAGUGGAACCCGCACAGAAGAAACCGGACAAAGCUCCCGCUGAGGAGAAAGUUCCAGCGCCUCCAAAGGCAGCCAAGAAAACCGAGAUGGAAGUCUCUUCCCAAAAGGAGGAGCCAACACAGGGGGAGAAAGGUACUCUGAUGUUCCACCUCUGCUUUCUUCAAUAACAAAUUUACACUUCUUGUACUCCAUGCAUGCUUCAAGGUCAAGUAAAGAAAGUAGACCUUCUUAUUUUUAUUUUUUUUUUUUAUAUAAAAAAAUAAUAAUAAUCAUGUGACCCUUAUCAAGCCCUAAAAUGAGAAGGAAAAGUGACAGAAAAUGCUUCAUCCCAGGAAAUUUAACUGAAACAUACUGGUAGUUUCUGCAGUCUGUGUCUACAUAUUGCAAAACACAAGCUGGACACACAUCGGACAUGUGAAGCCCCUUCAAGAACCCGCUAAACGUGGGUUCUUUAAUGUGUGUUUUGCCAAUAGUGUUCAAACCAGAGAAACAGGAGAUUCUUCUUUUUCGUACUGUUUUCUUUCCGCAUGUCCCCAUUUAC